GGGCCCAAAAGUAGCCGGCCGCUAUAUAAAUACUUGACAGCACAUUUCUCUCUCACCUCUCUCAACAAGUGUUGCUGUGUUCUUCAAAACCCAAGGACGAGUGAUCUGCUUGAUCCGAUUAGGUUUAGCAGUUUUGUUAGGGAUAAAAGAUGGCUGCGAUGUCUCAGCUUCGAUUCUCCCCUCUUGCUGGCAGCUACGGCCGCCCUAGCGGUGGCCGAGAUUCUGCCCUAUUACUCGCCGAUAAUACUUCAGUGUCGUUUCCCUCGUUGAAAUGCCGUGGAAAUUUGAUAGGGAGUUUUGAUCUGCAUAGUAGAUUUCAUCUACCGUGUGCUGGGGGUGGCGGAGAUAUAGGCGUUGGACGAGGUGGUGGUGGAGGUGGUGGUGGAAACGGAGGGUGGAGCAGCGGUGGAGGGGAUUCCGAUGAAUCCAAUUCGUCGGGUAGUUUUGGACCGAUUGGGGCUUUUCUCAAUGGAUGGAGGUCUAGGGUUGCUGCUGAUCCGCAGUUCCCUUUCAAAGUCCUGAUGGAAGAGUUGGUUGGUGUUAGUGCUUGCUGUUUAGGGGACAUGGCUUCGCGCCCGAAUUUCGGCCUCAACGAGCUGGAUUUCGUGUUUUCGACUCUUGUUGUUGGUUCCAUCAUGAAUUUCGUGCUCAUGUAUCUCCUGGCCCCGACCAUGUCCUCAGCGAGCGUGUCCUUGCCCGGCAUUUUCGCCAGCUCUCCAACGAGCCACAUGUUUGAGCCCGGGGCUUAUAGCUUGAUGAGUAGGCUGGGCACGUUCGUGUACAAAGGCACUCUGUUUGCAGGUGUUGGGUUCGCAGCUGGACUUCUCGGAACCGCCCUUUCGAACGGGCUGAUCAAGAUGAGGAAGAAGAUGGACCCCACUUUCGAGACGCCAAACAAGGCUCCGCCAACGGUUCUGAACGCCAUCACUUGGGCGAUCCACAUGGGCGUCAGCAGCAAUCUCCGAUACCAGACGCUGAAUGGUAUCGAGUUCUUGUUAGCUAAGGGAGUUUCGCCUGCUGUUUUCAAGACCUCGGUGGUCGGGUUGAGGUGCUUGAACAACAUCCUCGGAGGGAUGUCUUUCGUCGUCUUGGCCAGGUUGACGGGGUCGCAGAGUGUCGAUGGAGGGAAGGGGGACGAGAGUGAGAAGCUGGUGAGCGAGACUGAGUCGGACGAGUUCCUGGUUAGGGAAUCGGCCGCCAAAUGAUCACACCGGAGAUGAGAUGGUUCCCUUUUAUGUACAAUCGUCUACGUUAGGAGCUUGUAGAACUAAGAAAUAAAGCUAUGGUUUUGAUGGUUGCUUGUGUUUUUAUUUCAAGAGUGUGGAUCUUUUGUUAUCGGCUGUAAUUUUUAUUUCUCGAAUUAGGCUGAUAUAUGCACAUGGAUACUAAGUUGGUUUUAUAGUUGGAAUGCACAUUUUGUGGUA